GUGCUUCUGCAGCUUGCUUAUAGAGAUUAAACUGAAUCUUACUGGGAAUGAACGUACAUGUUUGAAUCUGUCCACAUCAUUUUAACCCAGUGGGAAUUAGAGAACAUUAGAUUUCAUAUUAAAUUCAAACUAGUUCACCCAAUUCUCGUUUUUAAAUCUCACUGAAGUUGUUUGUUGCAUCACCGUUGCCCUUGAAAAAAAACUGAAGUUCUAAUGCUUCAUUAAAAGCCCAUAAUGAUUAUAAUAUUCAUGCCCAUAAUGAGCCUACACAAAUUUCUGGAUAAAGCUGUACACAUCAUGAAAUCGCUGUAAAAAUAUAUGAUUACUUAUUUCGAUUGAAUCCAGGAGGGGACGCUUUCUCCUUCUCCUCCCCCUCCUGUGCUUGCUCUAGCAGAAACACACUUGGUCAGACAUGGCAGGCCAUCAAAAAAUCUACUUGUUCCCACUCCAUCUGUUCAAAAAACUAUUAAUCUGCUCCGGUCCAAUACAAGGCUCGGCCCUCACCGCGGAGCCAAUAGAAGCGCAUUAAAGCUGUGAGACCCAGGCCAAUCCCGGGCUGCAUUCUAAUGGGGAGCAUCUUUAUCAAGAUGCCACUCCAUUUUCACAUUCUGCGUAUUUAUGAUUUCUGAGGAGAGAGCCUGCAGGAGGCAUGCAUCUGUAGGACAAUACUAAGGUCUUUAUCCAAAGGGCUCAACCAAGACUUCGGAUAUGGAGCUAUCCCGUGCAGAAUUGUGGAAAAGAAGCUGGGUGCUGGGUGCUGCAUGGUGCAUUUUCAAGCAACUUUGAAACACUUCAAGAUAAGAUUGCCAUGUGUGGACUAAUUCUUUAAGAACCUAGGUGUGUUCCAUAAUCUAGACCCCGCUUGCGGCUGUCAAAGCUUUCCUUGCGGCCGCCAGAGGCCUUUCCCAGCUUGGAUUUUAUUGGAUGUGUUCCUGACGCUUGGGGAAAAAAUAUAUUUUGAGAACUUCCCAUGGAUCCGAACAUCCAGGGGUCUUUCCUCUUCAACAACAGCCUGAACCAGUUCCCCGCAGACCUAAAGGCGCCCGUGUGCCAGUACUCCGUCCCCAACUCUUUCUACAAACUCAACCCGGGCCUGAACACCCAGCUGCAGCCGGGGACGCCCCACGGCAUCAGCGACAUCCUGAGCCGAUCCAUGGUGGGGGUCGGCUCCACCGGCACCACCACCCUCCUGUCCGGAUACUCCCCCAUGGGGGGGUUCGGGCCCUCCGUUACCGGUACGUCCAUGUACUACAACCGAGACUACAACCCCUCGCUGGGGGGCUUCUCCAAAAGCGCUGCAGAGUGCCCGAUGAAGGGUCGCAGCAUGAGCUGCUGGGCAGAGAGCAGCUGUGACUGGCGAGGAGGAAGACAGCAGUGCACCAGCGGCAGCGGUCCACUUGGGGAAAUGCCCAGCAGGAAGAAACACACCAGACCCACAUUUAGCGGACAUCAGAUUUUUGCUCUGGAGAAAACCUUCGAGCAGACCAAGUACCUGGCCGGGCCAGAGAGGGCACGCCUGGCUUACUCUCUGGGAAUGACCGAGUCACAAGUUAAGGUGUGGUUUCAGAACCGACGCACCAAGUGGAGGAAGAAGAGCGCGUCGGAGCCCAGCUCCACGCAGGCCAGCCACGCCGCGCAGAGCGGGGAGGCCUCGGAGAACGAGGUGGAGGACGAGGAGUACAACAAGCCCCUGGACCCCGACUCUGACGACGACAAGAUCCGACUGCUGCUGCGCAAACACCGCAGGGCGUUCUCCGUGCUGAGACUGGGACCGCACACCGUCUGACACACGCACGCACGCACGCUCACUCCACGCAACAGACCCGCAUGCUGUGAUUAAAACAUUUGUUUAAAGUUAGAUGGGUGGGUGGGGACGGAUUCAGCAUGAGCAGAUCCAGGUCCAGCGGGGGACAUUUAAAUAGAUUUGAUCUCAUAUGAAAGGAUCCUUUUAUUUAAAAAGUAUAUAUAUUAUCCAUUAAAAAAAGAAAUACAUUUUUUUAGUACCUCAGGUCUGUUAACUCCCCAAUGCAAAGUGUGUGAAAGGAAUACACUGUUAUUUGCAUUAAAACGUGUAAAAAAAUAAAUAAACGAAAGGUCAAACAAUUAA